GUUCCGUGGUGACGGCUCGACAUAAAUACGAAAGAACAUCAACAUACAGUGAAAGACUGAAGACACGAACAAACAAGAAUAAAAAAAAACACAACUAACCAAAGAGGAAAUAAAUAAAUAAUACAAGUAAAUAAACGCGACGCACAGUGAAGAUAGCUCUUCGAUAGUAAACACAAUAUAGAAGUAUACUUGUAAGACUCCUGUUGGUUCUUUUCUGAUGCCAAUGUUUAUUGUUGUUGUUUUCUAUGUCUUCGGCAAGUAAAUCAUCGUGGUGCUUCUGUGAGUGUCAGUGAGUGCAUGAGAAUAGAAAAGUUUAGCUUGGAGAACGUUGUUAGGAAGCAACAGGGCCGACAAGGGCUGGAAAAAAAGCUCUUCGCGAUCGUAGGCGCUUCGAGUGAGCAAAGAGUAAACUUUCUGGGGCCAGUGAUUAACUAGGGCGAUGCAAUUAUAAUGAACUGACUAAGUCAGAACUAGAGAGAGAGAGAGAGAGAUAGAGAUUGAUAGAGGGAAGAGCACAACAAUAGAAACGGAGAGAAAAACGAGACUAACUGUGAACAUGAAAAGUUUAAAGGCAAUUUUUCGUAGACAGAAGGAUCAGGGCCAGGCGCAAGCCGGCGAGGACCUGUCUAGAGCGUCCUCUAUAUCAAACCUGAAUGAGAACUCCAAAAAGGCUGGAGCUCUCUCGAAGGUCCGCAAGUCUGUAUCCAAGGAUCGCUUGGAUAAUGGCGAAAAGCGAUUAGACAAAAAAGGUUGCAAAAAUAACAAUCACCAAGUGGAAUUGGAUGGGGCUGGGGAUGAAAUAGAAGUGUUGCAGAAGCAACUCGAAGCGAUGACUAGCGAGAAGGCCGAACUAGUGUUGCAAUUAGGUGAAAAUAGGAAUCAAUUGACAACGCUCGAAGGGGAAAUAUUUCGCCUGAAGAUGUUGCAGGAGCAGUCCGCUGUUCAGAUGGAGCAGCUCAACGGGGAAAACGCGGCACUUCGGAAUAAACUAAGAGAUGUAGUGUGCUCUCCAUUGAGCGACAACGAGAAGCAAAUGUUGUUAUUAGAUUCACAAAGACAUCAUAGCAGUGCUCCAGCGUCCAUAGCAACAAACGCUCUGAACGAAGGCGAUGCAACCACUUGUUCUACGCCUGAUUGGGAUAAAGAAAGUUGCAGCAAUGUCAGCGAAGUCUCCGUGGCUUGUCUACAGGAUAAAAUCAAUCAGAUGCAGGAAACCCACUAUAGUACAAAUGAGGAACUUCAGGCUACACUGCAAGAACUCACGGAUCUUCAGCGGCAACUCUCUGAGCUCCACCAGGAUAAUGAAAGGCUCAUGGAGGAAAAGGGACUAAUGUUCCAAUCUCUCUGUCGGCAGACUGAACGUUUGAACGACGCGCGAGAUGAAAUCGAUUCCUUAAAGCAGCUACUGUACAAAGAAAAGGAUACAUCGGGUCAAUACGAAAGCGUCGUAGAACGAGAGCAAAAGUUGCUGGAGCUUCUGAAGGAUUCGCAGGAAGAACGUGAAAUGCUCCUGGUUAAGUUGGAGCAAUGCAGCGCAGAGAUUACGGAUGUUUCAAACUUGAAUAUCCAGCGAGACAAGGAAAGCAUUCAAAUGGAAGAGCGUAUCCGCACACUGGAAAGUACUCUGGAUGCCAAGCACGCGGAACAUAAGUUAUUGGAUCAGGAGAUGGCACGAGCCAAAGAUGCGGCCAGCAGUAGGCAGAUCGAAAUCGACAGACAUAAAGAUUUAUUGGAGAACGCGCGCACCAAGAUUAUCGAAUUAGAGCAAGACCGUACCGUCAGCGAUAAGUCUGAGUUGGAAGAGCUGUUGGAUAAUGCUAGGAAGGAAAAGGAUUUAUUAGAAUCGGAAGUAGCCAAUUUGAAAGAACAAGUUGCGAGAGGCCGGAACGAAGGCGAAAAAUUACGAGAACAGGUCUCGAUUCUACAAGAAGAAUUCAAGGUGAUGCGAAAUAAUGGAAAGUGCAUGCAAUCGGAAUUGGAGUAUAAAGUCGAAAAAUUGAUGAUGGAGAAGAGCCAAUUGUCUGAGCAAUUACAGCACCUAGAUGAAGCUGCCAAAGAGCUGCAGGUUCAAGCGCAAUGCCACUUGGAGGACAAACACCAACUGUCAUCUGUAUUAUCAGAGACACAACGGAAUAUGAGCGAGGUCGAACGUAGGAACAUCGACAUGGAAACGGAAUUAAGGCAUCUAGAAAAGCUUCGAGCCGAAGAAAACGAAGAGUGGGACAAAUUCCAGAAGGAUUUAUUGACUUCGGUUCGGGUAGCCAACGAUUUUAAGACUGAGGCACAACAGGAGCUCCAAAAGUUAGUCCUAGAAAACAAGACCCACCGGGACAAGAUACGGCAAUUGGAAGGACAACUCGAGAAAUUGAAAGAAAAUGUUGAUACUUAUAUCGGAGGUCUUAAAAAUAAGUCUAAAAGCUGCAGCGAGUUUGAGGAGUAUUUGUUUGACACUUCCCCAGUCGAUAUUGUUGACGAAGAAUAUAAAAAGAUUGAUAAGAGUAUUCCGUUCGAGUUGCUCCCUUCAGAGCAACAAUUUAUUGUUAAAUUGAAGCGCAGCAACGAUAUAUUUUUAAUGAAACAAAAAGCACAGAAACGCCACUUGGGUUCGGGAAAGUCAGUGGCAAUCAGCAAACCUCUCUUAGAGUCAGUGUUUGAAAAUCCACAGCUUAAAGACAUAGUUGAGAAUCAAGAAUUUGCAAGUGUUGAAACCUCAUUUAAUAAUGAAUCUGUGAGAGAUUUGAAUCCAGUAGAAGCUCAAAUUGUAAAACAAACAAUGGAUGGCAGAGCAUCAGACAUGAGCGAAUAUCAGGAUAGCGUACUAAUGAAGCAUUAUUCAAAUCCAACAGAGGUGAGACGUCUAGGAGUCAUUGGAAAAAAUUUCAAUUUAGCUAGUUUGAAUUUAGAACCAGAAGAAUUAUUUUUGAACAUAGAUGAAAACACACCAGAAGAUCAAUUAGACAAGGAAGGCAAAUAUAUUAUACGCUUAAAGAAGGCAAUUACAAAAAUGGGCCCUAAAGUGGCGUUGAAAAAAAGGGCUUUCAAUAAGAAGAAGGUAGUAAUUUCAUCUCCGAGUUUAGAAUCCGCAAUGAGCAAUGAAAAUUUGAAGGAAAUCAUAAACAAAUUUGAUGUUAAACCUAUUCGCAAAAAUAAUUCUAUUAAACGUUACAAAGACGCUAGUAAGAUAUCUGAGAAUAUUGAAGUUGAAGAGAAUUUAGCAAAGAUUUCUCCGCGAUCGGAUAAAUUACGAUUGAAAAUUGGGCUAGGAUUGAAAGCUGGUUACAACGUACAGCAGGCGGAGAACGUGGACAGAUUAUCUGGCGACUCUUUUGAGAGUUAUUCAAAAGUUAGUAUAGAUCCUAGGCAAGAGACAUUCAAACCUCUGAAAGAAUUAAAAGCGAUCCAAGCCAAAGAAUAUCUGAGGAAUUCUUUGAUAGAUGCUCCGCACGUAGUAGGACUAAGUACACAGAAUCCUAAAUUCUACGACGAUGAAUAUUUGUACGAAUCCCCUAUAUACGAAACUCUUGGCAAGAGGAACAACAACUAUUUCGUUGAGGACGCUUUGGAUCGAGGGGGAAAUUACAGCUGGGGCUCGGUUUCCGAUUCUAAAAUUACCCUCUUCUCUAACAGCGAAUCGACUCCGAAGAUAUUUAAAGAGGCCGGAAACGUGCAUAGCUUCAAAACGUUCGGUAAGUCAACGCCGAAUUUAAUGGCCGAACUCGAAUCAAAACCGAUCGGCCUAGGUCAACGGACAAAAAGUGAUAGCUGUUUAGAAGAUUCUUAUAAUGAAGAAAACAUAUUAGAACGGACGGAGAAAUCCGGACAUCUUAAGAUGGCAAGUAAACAGAUUCCGCAGUACGCUAUAAUUAACAAGAACAGAAAAAACAAGGAUUUUUUAGAGGACCUUACUUUUAGCUUUGAAGCGGAUAGAUGCGAAGAAACUGUUUACGAAGAUGUAGAGUUUACAAAAAAUCGAAAAGUAUCGACAAGAAAUCCGGUGUUUUCGACUACCUCUUUUAAUGCAGGCAAUGUGAUAACAACGGACAGCCAAAAACAUACCCAAUCCAAAGAAGAUUUACCUGAGAUCAGUGAAGAUAUGAGUAUUGAGUUUAAAUAUGAAGAAAACAACUUAGAAUCAUUAUUGGACUCACCGAAUGAAUUGUUUUCUUUUUCUAAAAGAAAGUCGAAACCUGUAAAAUUGCAUGUACGAAAAAACAAAGAAGAUUUAAAUACGCAAAAUGAUUGUUGUGUCAAUUAUAAUAAACAACACGAAGAAUUAAAUGAAAAAGAUGAUAGUUUAGAAUUAAUGGAAUCAGCGCCACAAAUUGAAAAUAUCGAAAAAAAUAAAAUACUGAAUCAUUUACAAAAUGAUUUAAUUAAAAAUCAAGUAUGUAAUGUUGUAAAUAUAGACGAGCAAAAUGAAUUUNNAAUAAUGAUUUGGAAAGCGCAAUCAAUGAUGAUUUAAAGAAUAAAGAAUUAGAUUUGUGUAUCGCAUCUCAGGUUAAGCUACAAUUGAGUUCUGAUACGUUGCAAAUAGAAACAAACGAAUAUUUAACAGUAUCUAAGUAUGAUGUGGAAAAAUCUGCUCAAGAUUAUAUUUCAAAAGUAGAAACAGUAGCUUUUGAGGAUGAAUAUAUUGAUAAAAAUGAUGCAUUAUAUUAUGAUGGAAAUGAAUUGUGUAAUGCUGAUCAUGUUGAAAAAUCAAAUGGAAAUUAUAAUUCUGAUUUGGAUGAGGAAGAUUUGCGUUUGAUACAAUUUGCGCGAUCAAUAAGCACCGAAUGCGACGAAGAAUUAACGGACAAUGAUCGUAAAUUAAUAGAAUAUGCGAGAAGCGUAAGCGAGAUACAAAGAAAAGUUGAAGAUCAAUAUUUCGAAUCGCUCGAGUCAUCAGAAAUUGCAGAUGAGGUUACUAAAGAGGAUUUUCAAGAACUUACUACCCAUUACAAGGAUGUCUUGAAUAGUCUUAAAUUGAAAUUUAAGACAACUGAUGACGAUGCCGUGGUUUUAAGGAGAAAGUCGAAUUACAUGAAUGUGGAUGCAGCAAGUCAGUGUAAUCGUUUGUUGAGGAUGUCAGAUCCGGUGCGAAAAACACCGGUGCCUACUCCCAG